AUGUUCAAAACGAUAGACACGGACAAUAGCGGUCAAAUUACUUAUGAAGAACUCAAGGCUUGUUUGAAAAGAGUAGGAGCUAAUCUUAAGGAGUCUGAAAUUUUAGCUAUGAUGGAUAGUGCAGAUAUUGAUAACAGUGGAACCAUUGAUUAUGGAGAAUUCAUUGCUGCAACAUUGCAUCUGAACAAAAUUGAGAGAGAGGAUCAUCUAUUUGCAGCUUUUUCCUACUUCGAUAAGGAUGGAAGUGGUUUUAUUACUGCUGAUGAGAUUCAAAAAGCUUGUGAGGAGUUUGGCAUAGAAGAUGUUCGCCUGGAAGAUUUGAUCCAAGAAGUUGAUCAGGACAACGAUGGAGCAAUAGAUUACAAUGAGUUUGUGGCGAUGAUGCGAAAAGGAGACCCAGGGGCGGAGCCACUUGGCAUGGCUCCCCCAAAAAAUUUUUAA